AGAAUACAUCCCGAAGGGGUGAGGCUUGCAGCAUUGUCAGAUGCAGCAUUAGCCAACCAAAAUGCAUUUUCUCAUUCGUUUGCUUUUUCUCCACGCUGCUCAACGAAAAGGGUCAAGAAAAGAAGCACCCGACGUCGAUCACGAGCAAAGCAGACGGUGUCAGCUCGUGGUAGACGGUAUUCCCCUGGAGGGGGCUCAUCUGAUGGGUCUUUGUACACGCCAAACGGCACGAUCCCUCCAGUAAAGCGAGCUGUGCACCCUCACGUGGAACGGGAUACUCUCCUUGCCUUGCGCCCAAUAAUCAAGGUCCACACGUGCGAACGGCGCCCGAGAUUGGUAAACUGCGCGAUCAUGCACUCGAGCCAACGGACAACGGAUGGCUUGUCGAGAUGCGAAUUCCGCCCUGUGACGACUUGGCUUUGCGAGGUCCGGCAUUUGCCACUACAGUGAUAUGCAUUCCCAGACACUCAGGGUUUCCAGCUCUGCGGACAGCAUUUGCUCGGCAACUUAACAGAGCCAACCACGCAAGCUGAGAGGCUACGCAACACCCGCGAAGUAGACGCAAAAAGGAAAAAGAAAAACAUAAAUCACACGAAAGCGGUAAUAAUACAACCAAGAAAUAGCCAUGGCUAAAUCCGAACAGCCCUUUUUACCCCGCUGGUAAAUGGUUGAUGUCACAGCUUAUCAUUUAGGGUAGGCCAGCAUAAAGCAAUCGAGAUGUGCGCCGCCCGACAUGACCCCGUGAGCUUGCGCCGCAGCGCCAUUUUGCUGGCCUGUGACGAAUGAGAUGCACAAGAAAAAUAUCGAUAAACAUGUCAUAGGUCGUUUCUGUUCGAAAUGGUGCACAGCUGCGUACAGAGUAUCGCAGCAUGGGCUGCCUCUGCGUCACCGUUUCCCAGAUGCUGCUAGUCAUUCGUCUUGACUCGACGACUUAGCUCCAAGGCUCGUCCCGGCGCUAAGCAAGGGGACUUAACUUGGCUGCCAGCACUGCCAGCGGGGUCUAGAAGCGCCUUUGCCCAUGUCUAAAGGCUUGUGCUGUGGAGAAGGGCGUCUGCAGCAGGCGAGAUUUCAGCUCCCCCAGUUUGCGGCGUACGCGACGCUGGCAAGGAUGUGCCCUCCAGCGACGCAUGGGUGGUGCGGCGACAAAUUCGAGAUUGGCUCCCUCGCCGAAGAAGGACGGCAAUAACGAGAAACAUGGUUCUCGAUACAUUGGGUUUUUUUUUUCGUCGGUGUCUAACUGUCCACGGCUGCAUUUCUCAACACAAUGCUGUUAUUUUGCUCCGCUGCAUGUGUCGCGCGGCGGUCGAAAAAAGGGUGGUUGCCUAGUCAACAGAACGGCGGCUAACCACAGUAAUGCACAACAUGGCAAAACCGUUAACACGUUUGUCGGGACGCGACUCGAAAGUAUCAUCUUUGCCUGGGUAGUCAAUUUCAACACCAGUUUACCACAAAGCUGUAGCACAUAUUCGCUUUUAGUACGCAUAAUUAAAAUAUCAUGGCUACUGCUGCUCUCGAGGCUCGUCUCAGCCGCCUGGCGGUGGACGACAACAAUCUGCCCAAGCCGGCUUCGAAGACAAAGAUUGUCCUGAAAUCUUCACAAGUAUCGCACGCACAGUCCCAGCAAUCCGCACUUAUCAAAGCCGCCAUCUACAAGCAGCAUCACAAGGCCACUGCCGCCAAAGAAACGCCUGAGCCUGAAGCCGAUGCAUCCAGCUCGUCCGUUUCUCUUACGCGUCAGCCUACAGCCGAUAAGUUUCAUUUGGGCAUGUUUGAAAUCGGCCGGUCUCUGGGUAAGGGUAAAUUCGGGCGCGUCUACCUUGCGCGCGACCGCCGCAGCGGCUUCAUCUGCGCGCUGAAGGUGCUACACAAGGACGAGAUCCUACAGGACCGCGUGGAGAAGCAAGUCAUGCGCGAGAUUGAGAUCCAAUCGCACCUCCGUCACCCGAAUGUGCUCAAGCUCUACGGCCACUUCCACGACUCGCGGCGUAUUGUACUCAUCCUAGAGUUUGCUGGCAAAGGCGAGCUCUACAAGCACCUGCAAAAGGCACGCCGGUUCCCCGAGUGGCAAGCCGCGCAGUACGUCGCCCAGAUGGCUGGUGCACUACGCUACCUGCACCGAAAGCAUAUUAUCCACCGCGAUAUUAAGCCCGAGAACAUUUUGGUCGGCAUGUACGGCGAGCUCAAGAUGUCUGACUUUGGCUGGAGUGUGCACGCGCCGAGCAGUAGACGCCGGACCAUGUGCGGCACUCUCGACUACCUACCACCCGAGAUGGCCGAUCCGCGCCGCGCAGAGGGUUACUAUAACGAAAAAGUCGAUGUAUGGUCGCUAGGUGUCCUCAUGUACGAGUUCCUUGUUGGUCAGGCACCAUUUGAAGAUACACCUGUUAUGACCAAACGACGCAUUGCCAAGGCCGAUAUGACGAUCCCGUCGUAUGUGAGUGCGGAAGCCAAAGAUCUCAUUCGACGCCUGCUUGUUCUCGAUGCCGAAGACAGAAUCCCCUUGGAUGACAUCCCCAAGCAUCCUUGGAUUGUCAAGUACUGCUCACAAGCAGACGGAUACACAUCGCGCAAGAAGUCAACAUAGAAAUCUCUCUAACAACAUCUUUCUGGCUGUUUUCUUUUUUUUCAAAUGGAGUUUUUAGGGCGGACCUGGGGGAGUUUUACGGCAUUUUAAAACGAGGUGUACUAUUAUUCAUUGUAUUUUUUUUAUGAACCAGAGAAUCUAGCAACGAAAAAUAAACAACAUGUUGCUUUUUGACUACGCCGAAAACAAAUACGCCAACCGAGAUUCCAUAAGCGAAUCAUGUACCAGUCCUUCGCGGCUUUAAUGUAUCCGCAUACUUGGGCAGUGUGUCUGCGCCGGGAGAUGAGCUCAGCCGGUGCAUAGGAAAAUUUGUGAUGGCCAUCCACUUGAAAAACAAGUCUGUUGGGACGACUUGUCGUUUUGUUCCUUCUGGCAAAGGCUGGAUAUACGGCUCCCAGUCCUUUGCUGUCUUGAGCAGCUCAUACGCAACGCCCAAGCAUCCGAUGACAGUAAUGGCCUGUGCCGGCGACCCAAUGAUGCCGUGAGCUUUUGCAACCAGGGGCUUUGAAUCACCGUCCAUGUCGAGCGCCCGAUCUAGCAGCUCUUCAACACCAAUCAUCUCCACCGCUGCCCUGAUGGAUUCCUGCUCGACCUCAUCUGCGUCAUCACCGCCAAGCGCCACAUAUGCGCGGUUGAUGGCAAAUAGGUAGCCGUCGUACACACAGAUAUGAUCCAUCAGACACCCCGGCUUCAGUUCCUCGCCCGUGUAUAUCCGCGUCCGUGGCGUACCGUCCUUGUGAGUAAGCGAGAUUAGGUCACCACACCACUUGUUAUACCAGGCGUUGAGGUUGGCGCGCUGUUGGGCAAGCCGCGUGAGCAAAUCUUGUCGUCUUGAUGGCACCGGCGCAUUAAAGUAGUCCACGCAAUCAGAAAUAAGACCGGCGUGGGCUGUGCCGAUGGUAAAGAGCGAUAUGAAGACUUCGGAUUUGUCGCUAUAUUUGCCAUCACUACGGUCGAUGAUGGAACGGAUUGUGUCGUGCCAGUCUGGGGACUCUAGGAACGAAUGCUCACCGCGGUAGUAGUCGUUGACAAUCUGAUAAAAAGAAGCAUAUUAGAGUACGGAACCAGGCGUGGUGGAACAAGGUAAUGAAUGAGCGCGACUUACCAUGCC